AUGGGCGUGUUGACGUUUUUGCCCAGUCCUUCCAUAAAACUCAUCCUUUUAGCCUGGAUUGUAACCUACCCUCCCUCGUACAGUCAUGCCACCAGCGCCUCGGAUGCAGAAGAGGGAAAUAUUCUCAGCUCAGUCUCACGAGCGGACCUACUCACGGAAGAGGAGAGCCGGAACGAGGGCUGUUGGUGGCCUGCUGUGGAGACGGCGGUCUGGCUCGACUAUCGGCCGCUGCAGCUCUGCGAUCACGAGGAGCUGGCUCGUGUCAACCUCUGGAAGCCUCUGGCCGACGGGUUGGCCCUACAGGCAGGCUUCGAGUGGACCAGCAUAGGCCUGAUCGCGUUGGCCCGAUUCAACCGAAGUUGGAUCGUCCUGGGCGGCUCUCGACUGUCCGACUCGCCAUUGGCCCGUCGAGACGGCCACGUGUACGUCUGCGAGCUGGGCCGGCGACGCGACGCUCCGUCCGGCUUCGGGCCAGUCGGCCCGCAGCCCUGCAGCCUCAUCCACAGGUCCCCCUUCAGCAUCGGCUUCUUCAUCAACACCCUCCACCUCUCGGACGAGUUGGCGGCCGUGCUCUUCUGCGAGCCGCACUGGUUCGCCCAGGCCAGCGUCCCGGCCGGCCGGUGCCUCCUCUUCCUGCACCGGGGCCGCGACGCCCCCGGCAGUCCCGUGUUGCUGCCCCAGUUCUGCCAGUCGACACACCGGCCCUGUCUGACUGGGUUCAGCGGCUGCAUCGCCUCCAGCCUCUCCGGCCGAGACCUGGCCGCCUCGGCCGGCUCGCAUCGCCGCCUCCUCAAGUCCCUUCAGCUCUGGAUCGGCGAGCCGUUGUCCGCGCCCCUCGGCCGCGUCCAGAUCGUCUCCGACCCCCUCGGCACACCCGUCAUCAGCACCGUCGACCCCGCCCUCGGCGCCAAGGCCAGCCUCAUCGGCGCCCACUUCGGCUACUCCGUCGUCGACGGCUACGCGACGGCGCCCGGCCUCGCGGGCGCUCACAACGCCUCGGUCGGCCUCGUCGGCAUGCCGACCGGGGCGACGUCGCCCGAGGCGGCCGAGUUCGCGCCCAUCUGGUACGCGGGACCCCAGGCCUCGCGAGGCGCGGCUCGGCUCUUCGACGGCUUCGGCCUCUCCCUCGCUCGUCUGCGUGUCCAUCGCGACGGCGGCACCGACGCCAUCGUCGUCGGGGCCCCUUUCGCCUCCCUCGAGACGUCCACGGCGACGGCGACGGCGACGGCGACGGCGACGGAGGAGACGAGCGCGUCGGAGCGACGGGCUAACCGAGGCUGCGUCUACCUGUUCUGCCCCGGCGGAGAGACCGCCGAGGCGGUGGGUCGACCUGAC